AAGAGGAAAAACAGUAGUAGUAGUAGUAGUAGUAGUAGUAGUAGUAGUAGUAGUAGUAGUAGUAGUAGUAGUAGUAGUAGUAGUAGUAGUAGUAGUAGUAGUAGUAGUAGUAGUAGUAGUAGUAGUAGUAGUAGUAGUAGUAGUAGUAGUAGUAGUAGUAGUAGUAGUAGUAGUAGUAGUAGUAGUAGUAGUAGUAGUAGUAGUAGUAGUAGUAGUAGUAGUAGUAGUAGUAGUAGUAGUAGUAGUAGUAGUAGUAGUAGUAGUAGUAGUAGUAGUAGUAGUAGUAGUAGUAGUAGUAGUAGUAGUAGUAGUAGUAGUAGUAGUAGUAGUAGUAGUAGUAGUAGUAGUAGUAGUAGUAGUAGUAGUAGUAGUAGUAGUAGUAGUAGUAGUAGUAGUAGUAGUAGUAGUAGUAGUAGUAGUAGUAGUAGUAGUAGUAGUAGUAGUAGUAGUAGUAGUAGUAGUAGUAGUAGUAGUAGUAGUAGUAGUAGUAGUAGUAGUAGUAGUAGUAGUAGUAGUAGUAGUAGUAGUAGUAGUAGUAGUAGUAGUAGUAGUAGUAGUAGUAGUAGUAGUAGUAGUAGUAGUAGUAGUAGUAGUAGUAGUAGUAGUAGUAGUAGUAGUAGUAGUAGUAGUAGUAGUAGUAGUAGUAGUAGUAGUAGUAGUAGUAGUAGUAGUAGUAGUAGUAGUAGUAGUAGUAGUAGUAGUAGU